AUGUCAACUGUUACCGUUUCCAAGGCAUCAUCACCAUCUAAAUGGUUCUCCAACAAGAGCUUCAAGCUAAUUAGCCUCCCUCGCCUUCGUCCUUCCAAAUCCAAUGUUUCUUCAAGUCCCAAGAACAACUCAUCCUCCCCACAAGGGAGUAGUGGUAGUAAUAUUCCUCCAUUAAUGUCGACACCCAAAGAUCGAUCAAGAAAGGACCAACUCCGACAAGUAUUUCGUUACUUCGACAGUGAUGGUGAUGGGAAAAUCUCGAGCUACGAACUCAGAUCCUAUUUUGCGUCGAUAGGGGAAUACAUGUCCCAAGAACAAGCUCAAGGUGUGAUUAAUGAUCUCGACACAGACGCAGACAAUUUGAUGGAUUUUGAAGAUUUUGUGAAGUUGAUGGAACGUGAUGAUCAAAGUGGAAAAGAGGAAGAUGAAGAUCUGAGAAGAGCCUUUGAGAUGUUUGAAGUGGAGAAGGGAUCUGGUUGCAUUACUCCCAAGGGCUUGCAGAGGAUGUUCAGUCGCCUUGGGGACGAAAGAUCUUAUGAGGAGUGCAAAGCUAUGAUUCAGAAAUUCGACCUCGACGGCAAUGGGGUGCUUGAUUUCCAUGAAUUUAACCAGAUGAUGGCUUAAUUGUUCA